AUGGGACUUGUUAAGCUAAAUACUGAUGCUUCGUUUGAUCAUGAUCGGCUUAGUGGUACAGCUAGGGCUGUUCUCAGAGAUGAUAAAGGAAGAUUUAUUGCCGGCGGAAACUGGAAGUUUGACUGGUGUGCAGAUGUUCUGACAGCGGAAGUUUUGGCUCUAAGGUUUGGAUUAUUACUUGCACAGAGGGCGGGAUGCAAUCGCCUAGAUGUCAACUCAGACAAUAUUGAAGUCAUCAACACAAUGAAGAAUGGAGGACAAUCAGCGGGAGCGGCGGCGACAGUUUUUGAUGAUUGCUAUUUUUUGGCUUGUGAUUUUUCUCUUACUAGGUUUGAGCAUUGUAAUAGAGAGGCAAAUAGGGUGGCUCAUGAACUAGCUAGAUUAGCGAAAAUUUCCGUAACAAAUGAAUAUUUUGAGGAACCCAUGGAUGAAAUUGUACCUCUUCUUAUGGACGAUGUAACUGUUAUUUGCAAUUAA